AUGUUCGCCCGUAUCUUCACCCUCCUCGCUCUUUCCAUGGCAGCCAUGGUCAGUGCACUUCCAGCUACUACCGUCACUGGAGGAAGUUGCAACACCGGCACCCUUGAGUGCUGCAAGUCUGUCCAGAGUCCCACGUCCUCGCCGAUUCAGACCCUCCUGGGCCUGCUCAAUAUCCCGAUUGGAAGUGUUACUGCCCAAGUUGGCCUCACUUGCAACCCCAUUACGGUAGUUGGCCUUGGCACUACCCAGUGUGCUAACCAGCCCGCCUGCUGCACGGGAAACAACUAUAACGGCCUUGUUGCCCUAGGCUGCACCCCCAUCAACUUGGGUGUCUGA